CUAACAAUGCUACAACCUACUAUAGAUAAAGUACUUGUAGUAGAAUAAAUAAAGUUUGUCAGGAAUUAGGAUUGAGGAUUCAAUCUCGCGAAUGUUAAUUGCAUAGCCAUUAUAAAAGUUUAAUAACGUCUUAUUGUUUUAUCCUGAGUAUUACGUAAAAAGAUGUAUUCCAGUGAUGAUUAUAACGAGGGUGGCUAUGAAUCAUAUGGUGAUUAUGAACCACAUACAGGUGAUCCUCAAUAUGACCUUGAGUUUGAUAGAUCAUCCUACUAUCAAAUGCCAGAAUUGGUUAAGAAAUUUCUUGUUUACUUUAGAAACAUGAUAAACGAGGGUGUUACAUAUGAAAUUCUUAAUCUUUAUGAGAACACUUUUCCGAAGUUGACUGAACAAUAUUUUGAGAACACUCCAUGGCCUGAUGAAAAAGAAGUGGCUCCUCUAGUAGACAAUGAUCAAGUGUUUAUGAUUCUCUAUAAAGAGUUAUACUUUCGGGAUAUCUAUGCCCGUGUACCUGGAGGACCCAAGCCGGAGCAACGAUUCUUAUCAUUCUACAACUACUGUGAUUUGUUUAAUUACAUACUGUCUGCUGAGACUCCGGUACCCUUAGAAUUGCCAGACCAAUGGCUUUGGGAGCUGGUAGAUGAAUUUGUUUACCAGUUUCAAUCAUUUGCACAGUACAGGUCCCGCACUUCAAAGUUAAGUCCUGCUGAAAUUGACGCCCUGAACACUGAAAAUAAAGCAUGGAAUGUGCUGUGUAUUCUGAAUGUGCUUCAUUCACUGGUGGACAAGUCUAACAUUAAAAAACAACUUGAAGUUUAUGCUGCCGGUGGUGACCCCGACUCAGUGGCUGGAGAGUUUGGUCGUCACUCAUUGUACAAGAUGCUGGGGUACUUUUCCCUGGUGGGACUACUGCGUCUACAUUCUCUACUCGGCGACUACUACCAAGCCAUUAAGGUCCUGGAGAACAUCGAGCUGCACAAGAAGUCCCAGUACUCGCACGUGCCCGCGUGCCAGAUCUCCACGUCGUACUACGUGGGGUUCGCGUACAUGAUGAUGCGGCGCUACUCCGACGCCAUCCGCACUCUGUCCUCGGCCCUGCUGUACAUGCAGCGCACCAAACAGCUGUUCUCGUCGCGCUCCUACCAGAACGACCAGAUCAACAAGCAGACCGAGCAGAUGUACCACUUGCUGGCCAUCUGUUUAGUGUUGCAUCCGCAGUGCGUCGACGAGUCCAUACAGCAGGUUCUGCGUGAGAAGAAUUAUCACGAGAAGAUGUUCAAGAUGCAGUACGGUGAUCUAGGCGAGUUCGAGAGCUGCUUUACAUUCGCUUGCCCCAAGUUUCUGUCGCCCUGCCCCCCGCCCAUAGAGCCUGGCUCCAACUAUGGCCGUGAUGCUGUGAAGCAUCAGACCCAAGUCUUCAUGGAUGAGGUCCGGCAACAAAAGAUGCUGCCCACGAUCCGGUCGUACCUGAAGCUGUACACCACUCUGCCGAUGGCGAAGCUUGCCGCCUUCAUGUCUGCGGCGCGCGGCGGCGGAGAACGAGACGCGGCGCGGGAACACGCCGCUCUGGCCAUCCACCUGCUGUGCUUCAAGCACAAGAUGAAGAACGUGGUGUGGAGCAAGGGACCCAGCGGCCUGGACGGCAAGUUCCAGAGCGGCUCCGAGUUGGACUUCUACAUCGAUAACGACAUGAUUCACAUCGCCGAUACUAAAGUAGCACACCGCUAUGGCGAUUUCUUUAUCCGUAAGCUCCUCAAGUUUGAAGAACUCAACCGCAAGUUGCAUCAUAUUAAGAUUUAGUGCGGCGUUUUGUGAUAAAUAAAUAUCAUAUUAUAA